CCCCUGCACUCGCACCCACCAACACAAAUAAUUAUAUAGCACUAACAAAUUCCUCUAAUCUCCGGCAGCCAGCAUUGAAUUCGACCACCGAACCGAGCCGGAUCCUCCGGCUCACAUUUCCAUAUCCUCCAUCUCUCUCUCUUUCUAAACCUCACUACUUGUUGUUGCCAUGGAGACCAAUACAAAUAAGCCACAGCAGAAGAAGAAGAACUGGUUUCUGGCACUGGGGUUCAGUCUUCUGCUGUCUACCUUCCUCGUCUUCCUCACCGUUUUCACUUCCUCCAACCCCUCCCUGCUGCUCUACCACGAAACCCAUGUCAAGAACCAGCUCCCGGAGUUCGUGGAAUCCAAGAUGGGGGUCUUCGCGGCGAAUUCGAAGGAUUCGGUACCCAGGCUGGCGUACUUAAUCUCCGGCUCAAUGGGCGACGGGCGGAGCCUGAAGAGGACCCUCAAGGCGCUGUACCACCCGCGGAACCAGUACGUGGUGCACCUCGACCUGGAGGCCUCGCCGGAGGAGCGGCUGGAGCUGGCGGCCUAUGUGAGGAACGAGCCCCUGUUUAAGGCGCUCGGGAAUGUGCGGAUGCUCGUGAGAGCCAAUUUGGUUACGUACAGAGGGCCGACGAUGGUCAGCAAUACGCUUCACGCCGCCGCCGUUUUGUUGAGGGAUGGCGGCGAAUGGGAUUGGUUUAUUAACUUGAGUGCUUCGGAUUAUCCCCUGGUCACCCAAGAUGAUCUGCUUCAUGCAUUGUCAGCUAUUCCAAGGGAACUUAAUUUUAUUGAGCAUACAAGUGACAUUGGCUGGAAGGAGUAUCAGAGAGCCAAGCCUGUUAUAAUUGAUCCGGGUUUCUAUAGCCUGCAUAAAUCAGAUGUAUUUUGGGUGCCAGAGCAAAGAAGCGUGCCAUCUGCAUAUAGGCUAUUUACAGGUUCUGCUUGGAUGAUGCUCUCUCGCCCUUUUAUAGAAUUCUGUUUGUGGGGAUGGGACAACCUUCCAAGGAUAGUCCUUAUGUAUUAUGCCAACUUUCUUUCUUCACCCGAAGGGUACUUUCAUACAGUCAUCUGCAAUGCCCCGGAGUUCCGGAACACCACAGUAAACCAUGAUCUUCACUUCAUAUCGUGGGACAACCCUCCGAAACAACACCCGCAUUUUCUCACAGGAGAUGACUUUAAGAGAAUGGUAGACAGCAAUGCCCCCUUCGCAAGGAAAUUUGGCAGAAAUGAAGCUGUUCUUGAGAAGAUUGAUUCUGAGCUUUUGGGCUGCAGUGCCGAUGGUUUUGUGCGUGGUGGAUGGUUUAAUUAUCAAGAAAAUGCAAACCUGACUGUCCCACGUCUGGAAAUGGCAAACACCAGUGAACUCAGGCCAGGUCCAGGUGCUGAAAGGCUCAAACGCCUUGUCACUGGUUUGCUAUCAGCUGAGGAUUUUCAUGAGAAUCAAUGCGCUUGACACCAAAAGUCCUGCAAGGCCACUGCUGAAAGAUGCCAUCUUAUACCAAGUAACCAAUGGGGGAUCAUUGCUCAGUUCAGUUAAUAAUAGAGGCUGCUAACAGAACGGUUAGCAAUUCUUUAGGAACUAAGUGGGGAAGGGCAAUAACUACCUUUCCUGAAUACAUUAUUCAGCUUUACCUCUCUAUCCAAUACUAUAAUUUUGUACGUAAAUAGCCCACAGUGUAGUUUAAUAUAUAACUUGGUUCGCAUAUUAAUUAAAUGUUAUUGAAUCAUGCUUCGUCAAUUUU